AUGCUUUCCAAUACUGCUAUCGGUUCGGUGACCGCGGUGUCAGGAGUUGCCAUUUUUGGAUGUCUCAUUUAUUUGGCAGUUCUCUUCAACGAUAUCAAUGAGCUUCAUGAUGUCGUCAUGAAUGACAUGUAUGAGUUUGAGGUUUUCGCUAAUGAUGCAUGGACUUCCAUGAUCACCAUGGGAACAAGCAACACCGCAAACCGUCCAGCUCUUCUCUUCGGCCGUAACAAGAGAAACGCCGAGUGCAACUGCGGAACACAGCCAUCCAACUGCCCAGCUGGACCACCAGGACCACCAGGAGAGCCAGGAGCGCAGGGAGAUGAUGGUGAGCAAGGACAGGCAGGAACACCAGGACAAAACGCCGUCAUCCCAAGCAUCACACCAGAUGCUACUGAAUGCAUCAAGUGCCCAGCUGGAGAGCCAGGACCACAAGGACCACCAGGAAUCAGCGGACCACCAGGACAAGAUGGACAGCCAGGACAAAAUGGAUACCCAGGACAACCAGGACAGAUAGGAACUCCAGGACCACAAGGAGAUGCUGGUGUUCCAGGACAGCCAGGAAGUAACGGACAGCCAGGACGUCCAGGACAAAACGGGCGUCGUGGACGUGGAGCUCCAGGAGCCCCAGGUCCAGCUGGUCCAGCUGGAAACGCUGGAGCCCCAGGACAACCAGGACAAAAUGGAGCACCAGGACAGCGGGGAGCUCCAGGACCAGCCGGAAUUCCAGGACAACCAGGAGCUCCAGGAGGAGACGGAACUCCAGGACAAAACGGAUCCGAUGGAGUUCCCGGAUCUGAUGCUGCCUAUUGCCCGUGCCCAGCCAGGACUGGCGCUGCCAUCGAAGUCCCGCCAGCUAAGGAGCAGUACAGAAGACGAUUCGCCAACUAA